UUGCUAGAGCGCACCCCCCCCCCCUUGUUCAUCCUUAUGGGAAGGCUAUGAGGCCCGGAUUUCCUCAGUUAACCAAGGUGGAGGCUUCUGCCUUGAACAUUUCCAAGUGACGUGCGUGCGGAGCAGGCGGGCCCUGAGUCUCCUCUGCACUUCCUGUGAGAGGUUCAGACAUCUGCCUCCCCUGCCUGCUCCUGGUGCCUUCUUCAGAAAUGAAGUAAUGAGCUGGAUGUGUCCGCCAUCUUAGUAGAGAAAGCAUUCUGAGAGGAUGCGGUGGAACGCUUUCUGGGGCUUCCUGGGCCUCAGCCUUCUAGCAGUUGGCAGUUGCCAGGACGAUACCGAGGACCAUGAGGAUGGGGCACAGAAACAAUAUAAAGUCUCCAUCUCAGGAACCAGUGUAAAGUUGUCAUGCCCUCUAGAGACUGAAGACAACUUAAAAUGGGAAAAAAAUGACCAAGUAAUACCUAACCAGAAUGAUAAGGAGCUGGAACUAGAGGAUUUCUCGGAAGUCGAGGACAGUGGCUACUAUGUCUGCUAUGUUGAAGGCUCAAAGAAAAACAAGUAUCUGUACCUGAAAGCUAGAGUGUGUGAGAACUGUGUGGAGGUGGACCUGACAGCAGUAGCCAUAAUCAUCAUUGUUGACAUCUGUAUCACUCUGGGCUUGCUGAUGGUCGUUUAUUACUGGAGCAAGAAUAAGAAAGCCAAGGCCAAGCCUGUGACCCGAGGAACUGGUGCUGGUGGCAGGCCCAGAGGGCAAAACAAGGAGCGGCCACCACCUGUCCCCAACCCAGACUAUGAGCCCAUCCGCAAAGGCCAGCGGGACCUGUAUUCUGGCCUGAAUCAGAGAGCAGUCUGACAGACAGGAGGGGCACCGCCUUCCUCAGACCCAGAUCCAGCCCUUGGAGCACCCUGCUAUUCCUUGUUCUCUGGACAAACUGCAGACUCCACAGCUUGUUCUUCAGCCUCCUGAUGAACACAUCCUAGAUCCUUCCUCCCCACUCCCCAGCCCCCACCCCUGAUUCCUCUGCUAGUAGCCAGUUGGGACAUUGCUGACUCAGCAUCCUUUGAAAUAUCAUGGCUGGUUGAUUGUCAGCCAGCCACCUUGUGGGGAUGCUUUUUUCAGCUGCCUUGCUGCCAUUCUCUGCCAGCUCCCCCUUCUUCACCAAUGCCAUCUCUGCCUUCAAUCCCUUUCCCCUCUUAAUUGGCCCUCAUAGCCAGACCUUUCCUAUGGCUUUCUGGUUUUCUUUUCUUUUUAGUUUUUCUUUUCCUUUAUUCCUUUUUAUUUGAUCUUUUUUUUUACACUCCAGAUUUUAUUCUCCUCCCAGUCCACUCU